UUUCAUUUCAGGUAUAUGCACGCAGUUGUAUUGGUGAUGGUCAUGGACGUUCAGUGACAAUGCAAUCAAUUUCAAGCAGCUUAAAAGAAACAAUGAACCCGAAGGACAUAAUGACAGAUGCUAUUCACAAUUUCCAUCCACAAUAUCAACAAUAUACACAAUAUAGCUCAGGUGGAAAGAAUUCUCGCGGCAUACGUGUUUCUUCCUAUGAUCCAGACGAUCCAAGUUGUAAUGCAUCACAGAAUGGUAUCGGCGGUGCUUCAACGAAUGGUAGCGGUGGCAUGAGUGGUUGUAUUGCAUCAAAGACUUUGGGUAAUCAGCGAAAAUUUAUGCCUGGAGGACAACGUGUCGCAACGAUAAGUCAAAAUUAUAAUGAAAAAACCAUGUUGUUGAGCAGUGAUGAUGAAUAUCAGUAAUUAUUGCUGUUAAAAAUGUUUCAAAAAUAUCUUUAUUAUAUGUUUUGUUUUUAAAUGAAUUGAAAAAGAAUUAUAAGGC